UCUCAUCCAGAGGAAACGUGCUAUUGACUCACGGCAUUUUUUCUUAAACUUUGUUGAUUUGUUGCAGACAUAUGUGGGAUAAUAACACAACUUGCCCUCUUUACUAAGCAUAUUAGAUUUCUAAUGAUAACUAGAAUCUAGAUCUUUUAAAAAUCACACUAAAAAAAAGUUUUUAUUAAGUGUGCUAUUUUUGUAUCUAGACUCUAGAUUCUAUUUAUUUUCUUUGCAUUUCUCAUCUUCAAGUUUAGUAUAGCAUAGUUCAAUUCCAAACUCCGUUCAAUUAGUUUUGAUAAUGUAGAUCUAUAUCGAGAGGUAGGGCCCAUUUAAAAAUAGCCGUGGUCAACUUUGUUUUCAUGGGCGUGGUAGUGUGUUGGAUCUGGAUCUAAAUAUAUAUAGUAAUAGUAGGCCUAGUGUAGUUGGACAAGGAAUAUCAGGAUUGUAGAUUAACAGAGACGUGAAAAUGCUAUCAAAUAUUUAAACAUUUCGAUUUUAAACUAGUUCUAGAUGCUACAUUCUGGAGGCUAAUAAUCUAAUCUAGUAGGUUAGACUACAUGGCGAGAUUCUAGAUUCUAGGUCUAGUCUACUACGGAAUGCAUAAGGGCGAGUUUUCUGCUUUUAAGCCAAUCAUUGCCCUCGAAGGAUUUGUUACGAUUAGUUGAACAUGGGACCAACAUGGCGGAUGUUACUACAGUCGUAGAGGGGAAAAUAAAAUUUCGUGAAGGAAAAAAAUGGAAGCCUCGGUGGUGUGUAAUGAAAAAACCAUCUCCAGUGGCUGAUCGUUUACAAGUUAUUUUAUAUAAAGAUGUUGGUGAAUCGGUUAAAGAAGAUGCCAAGCCGAAAUCUGUAUUUUGCUUGGACGCCUUCUUUGGUCUUAAUACAGAUUUUAAUUAUGAUAAGGAAACACAUGUGCUUGCCAUUGUAUGCCACAAAAAUAUCACAUUUAUGGCUUUUGAACAGCGAGAAAAAAUGAUUGAAUUUGAAAUAAAUAUAAGACAAAGUCUCGGAGAAGAGCGCCAGUUUCCUGUGAAUGUUGUCAAAGCACCUUCCAAUUGUAAGCUUCCAAAAGAGCAGCUACGGUUAAUGAUUCAUGACCUUAGAUUUUGUCUUGUCGCUCAAAAUCCACCAAAAUUACUUCUCUCUUGGAACAUAGAAGAGCUGCGUAGAUUCGGAGCAAGAGAUGGAAAAUUUUGUUUUGAAGGUGGCACUCGAUGUGGAAAAGGGUCUGGAGUUUUUGCACUACAGUCUGAACAGGCAGAAGAUAUAGAGGAAAUUAUGAACUCUGCCUCAACUGGGAAGAUGUCUAACUGUCAUCGCAAGUUUAAGAACAGAAGCUCACAGAUAGACUUGGGUACACAUCUUAUUAGAGAUAUGUCCCCUUCACUAUCAUCAUCAUCCAUUCAUCACCAUCAAAUAGUAGAUACAAAGUCUCCCCCACUAGGAGCAUUGCCUGUUACCCUUAAUUGUUGUCAUGACAACCAGACAGGAAGUGCUGAUUCUGAGGACUGGAGUUGGUACAAACGUCAUUCAGUUAGUGUUAUGGAUCAUCAUCGAAUUGCAGCACUUAGGGAAAAAAAUUACCCAGAAAAUGGAGAACAUCUUAUGGGAAUUUAUGAUGUACCACCAAAUCAUGGACGAAAACUUGAGGAAACAUGUCCUGGAAUGACAGAAGAAUCCAAUUAUUCAAUACCAAGGCGUGAUUCUGAAAACUUGCCAUUACAUAUAUAUUGCUCAAACUCUGUUGAAGAUUAUGGGAACUAUAAAAGAAUUGUACCUAAAGGGCAAGAAUCUGACCAGGAUGAGAAAAGGCAUGUAUUUAUGCAGAAACGGCAGAGUGUAAGUGCUGAAUUGUUUGACCUCAAAGUUAGCAAUGUGGAUGAAAUGGUGGCUGCGGGAUGGCAAGCUAACAACUCCAAUAACAAACAUUCACGUGAAGAGUCGCUGCAACGGCUUAAAAUGCAAGAGUCUGACUUGCAUAGAGAAAUGGUCCUGUUGGAUGAGAUUUUACUCAAUUGUUCAGGCAAGUCACAAGAAAUGUCAAAUGGGCAGCCUUCAGAGAAAGCUGAAUUUUCUGGUCAAAAUAUGUCCAGUACCCUUUUAUCAGGAUUGGACAAGGAUUUGGCAAUUAUCUCUGGAAACAUUACACCUUUGCAACACAAACUGAACGAUUUGAGCAAUCCAAAAAAAGCUGACAGAAUAACUGCACUUAGGCUGAACACCAGCAUGCCAGAGGGAACUCCACUAAGUCCAAUAUUUCAUACCAAGCUAAAUAAUAUACCCAUUACUUCUCGACUCAAUGCUCCACUCCCUUAUGUAAACUUGAGUAAAUAUGAUGAUGAGUCUAAAAGUCAUGUAUAUCUUCCAGGAAGUGCUGAUUGUAUACCAGCUAGUUAUGGUGCAAAUAUUGCAGGACCAAAUAUCAAACAUGAGAGACCUUGUGGGCACAGCAGCAGUCUCACAUGUCUCAAUUCUCAAGCAGCCACAGCUAGCUUAAUCAACCUCAGCCAAGCAGGGCUGUAUCAGUCUUCAUGUCGACAAAUGGCACCUGGACAGAGAUCACAAGAAAACACACAAGCUUACCCAGAGUAUGAAAAAUACAAUGAACAUCAGGAAAUUUUGUUUGUGAAAAUGGAUCCAGAUCCUGAGGAAACUAAUCCCAUAAUUUAUGCAUCAUUGCAGUGCAUGGCUAAAGGAGAUGAUGAUGUAAACAAACCUGGUUCAGAGUUAGUCAGUGUACUAACCGCUGAUGUAGGAAAAUAUUCCCGUGAAGAAAAAAGGAUAAAUCAAGAAGAUUUGUAUGAAAAUUUACCUGCAAGAAAAGCAUCUACCCCACCACCAGAACUACCCCCAAAAGGUCCAGCUCUUCUUAAGAAAUUAAAUGCCUGCUCUAAUUCUGCCAUCCCUUCAAGUGCACCCUCAGAGUAUGCCUGCAAGCAGAAGCAGUCUCUACCAGCGCCACCAAAAAAUACAAUUCACUGUAACACUCAGUAUGGGAAAACUGCAAAUGAAAAUUAUUUUACAAAAGAAGAUGCCAAGGAAGAUAACUAUUGUAUGAUGGGCAGUCCAAAAAUUCAGCACAAACGAACUAUCAUCCCGGAUUCACCAUUAAAAUUAAAUAGUGCAUUUACUCCAACAGGUGCUAACAAUAAAUGUAAACCCAUGAAGACCAUAGUAAACAGGUGUGAUUACAUGGACAUGGCCACACUUGGAUUGGAAGGUGGGGAGGAUGAAAUAUACUUAGAUGUUGUGGAAAGCAAAAAUGAUUUGUAUAUCUCUGAAGCUGACUUAAAAUUUCUGCCAGCACCCAAUGUUGGUAAGCAGGUGUGUGAGAGUACAUAUAUGGAGAUGUCUAGUGUUUCUAACAGGAAAAGUGUUGUCAUGCAAAACUUAGAGACCCUCCAGACAUAUGUUAGCAAAACAACAGCUUGGGACUCCAGCAAACCAUCUGUUCGACCUAAGGUAUCACCACCCCCACCACCACCAUACCCACCACGGCCAAUGUCAUUGAAAGUGAAGCACAGUGGUACAAAUGCGGUAGAAUCUAAACCAGGUAAUGACUUGAGACCUAAUGAAAAGCCAGUAAAAAGUCCCACUAAAGUUUACACCAAAGCUAAAAAAUCCCAGUCCAAUCAGGCUUUAUCAGAGCCGCCCAUGCCAUUUCCAAAUUUGAUUGAGUUCACCAAAAAAAUGGGAGAUAGUAGAUCAACUUAUGUAAAUACUUUAAUAGACAAUGAGAAAACUGUUACCAGUCAAGAAUCGUACACAGCCAGUGUUCCACUACCAGAACCUGUUACCAAGGAGGGUUUCCUGGCUCGUUUCAAGAGGCGUAGCUCCAAAGAUAAGAACGCUGGCCCAACCCAAGAAAAACCUAGCAACAGUAAAAACAGAAACAGUGUGUUAGAGCGCAGUAUGUCAGAGCAUGAAACAUCUAAGGCAGCAAAGGAAGAAAAAACUUCUAAAUUAAAACUUGGCAGGAGGAGAUCAUCCAGCUUUCCCAACAGACUUAGCUACCAGGAGUCUCUAGAUGGCAGUGAUGUGGUCCAUCAGAUUGGAUCAUCUUCCAGUAGUUUUUCUUCUGGCUCAUCUAAACCUAAGCCGCAGACAGAGAGCUCAUCUUCUAUUCUAGAUGAUUCUGAUGACUCGGAUAUGUCCCCGCUGUUGAAAAGAGGAGAAAAGAAAGUGGAUCCAAGAGCCAUAACUAUCCUUCAUGUCCAGUGGGAUCAUUCUAAAUCACUGAAUCCUUACAUGCAAAUAAACAAGUCUCCCAACAAGCCAGGAGCACUGGCUCUAGAUUCAUCAAAGACUGAUGAUGAAAAAUUAAUAGACAUGAUCAAACAACAGAAUACUUCCAAGAAACCUGUUAUUUACCAGCGUUCUUCUUCUCUUGAGCUAAAACAGCCCCGGGAAGAUCAUGAGCAAGGGGUGAAUUUAAAGUUGCCCCUGCACUCUGUUCAAAAAGAAAGGCGCCAAAGCCAAGAGAAGCUAAAAAUUUGCUCAAGCCUGCUAGAUGUUGAGGCGUCUAACCAGCAGGGAUCAUCGAGACCUCUUGAUAUCUCUAGUGGUGCCUCCCAUCCAGCGCUCUCCUUGUCUACUUCCUCUGAUACCCCACCAAGUUUACCACCUAAAACAAAACUGUAUCAAGCUCUACUCUCCCCUGUCAUUGAAACUUCACCAUCUCUGUCAUUCAUGAAUGAACCCCUGUAUGUUGAGUUGGACGAGAUAUUGCCUGUGUCCUGUAUUGAAGGAGCAACAAACAUGAAAAUGGAUAACCACAGGCAUUACUAUGAACCAAUAAUAAUUGACGAGGAAGAACAAAGUUCCCAAAAGGCAACUUUUGAGAAACAAAAGGCAGGUAUUUUUCUGUUUUAUAAAGUGAAAAAUAAAAGAAGAUUUUCAUUAGAAGAACCUAGGAAUGAAACACCAGUAAGCGCUGCAUCCUGUACAUUACCUCUAGACAUUUUGCCUAAUGAAAGAGAUGAAUCCUCACCAACACAUACUGAGGCUGCCUCCCCUUUGUUCCAUCGUUUGUGUGAUCUAUCCAGCUCUUAUCAGGGCAAUGUAACUGAUGAUUAUGAAUGUAUAAGCCCGGCGAAAACAAUAUUGCGGCCACGAGCAGGAAAAGAGUAUGUUGUAAUACAACGAAGGACACACUAUUUUGAUGCGGUAUCAAACAACGAGCCUAACCUAAAUGAGGAGUUGUCUAUUUUAUCAUCCUUGCAAUCAUCACAAGAGCUUUCACCAACAUUUUCUAGCAUGGCAGAUACAACCAAGUCAUGCCAGAGUCUCCAUUCUGAUCCUUGGGAAAAAGACAACUCGCAGCCCUCAGUCAAUAAACCAUCUAAGUUGGUCACCAGUGCUUCUAAAUCCCCAGUCAUUCAUCAGCCAACUGCUAUAGGCACAGAGCACAAAACUAGUGCUGAGUCCACUGACCACAGAAUUUUCUUCCCAAUGGAUCUUUCUUUUAAUGCAUCUCCUCCACCAUCCCCGACCUGCCCAAGUUCCCACCACUCAUCAGCUCAGCAAGUGUAUUACCCAAUAUAUGUCAACCAAGAGUUUAUACCUAAACCCAGCACUAGGACAGUCAGCACAAGUAGCAGCCACUCUAGCGCCUCCCCCAUCAGGACUGGUGUUCAAACACUCAUGUCCUUUUUUUUCUCCCCGAAGCAAAACACUGCCAGUGAGUUGCAAACUAGUCGGAGCAUUAGAAAAAGCAGGUCGAGGAAUUCAGAAUCAGAUGCUCCUAAACUGGAAAAACACUCAGUUAGUCUUCCUAUGACAAAAGUAUUGCCACUGCCUGUUAAUGUUCAUAGAUCACAUUCUGAUCCACGAAGAACUGAAACUGGAGACAGUGCAGCUCUGACAUUAGCACCAGAGCCAGCUCUUAGCAGCUGGGAUGACCAAAAGGUGCACAAAAAGGAGUUUGAUAAGUUUGCUCAAUCUAGUAUCAUAUCUAGAAGAAGGCUUCAGUGUCCAGAUCCUCACAGACAAAGUAAGAGUAAUGAUACUCUUACAAACAAGUCACAGAACCAGUCAUUUGAACUUGUCAGCUUUUCAUCAGGAAAUCACUUACAAAUUCCUCUACUUAAAUCUAGUGGUUACAAAAAUAUUGAUACUUUCAACGCUUUAGGGUCACCUGCACCUACUCCACAGGCUGCUCAGAUACCUGAGAAACCGCCUGAAUGUAAUAAGUCUUCUGAAACCAUCUCAGCAUACAGUAAGAAAGCACAGUCUUUAGAACCCAUCUCCCCGAUUACAAGUCCAGUAGAGAAGAUCUCGUCCAUUUCUUGUAUACCCUCUCCUCCACUACCAAUCCCUAUACGACGUACAUCCUCUUCCACACCACCAUCUUCUCAGUCAUCUCCAUGCCUGACACCUUCUGAUAUAUCUGACUCUCCUCCUUCCUACUUUGCACCUUCCCCCCCACCCCCAGCACUCCCACCCAGACAGCCUCUGUUGCUCUUGCCUUGUCCCGCCUCUCCUUCUUCUCAUUCAGAGUCUGAGCUAGAAUCUGAAGAAGAGGAGCAAGAAUUAAACUAUAUUGAGGUAGACAUGAGGAAAACACCAGCGCAAGCAGCGCCCCCACCACCACCUGUUACUUAUACUCGGCAGAGCAAACGAAUCAGACAACAAAAAGAGAAAGACUAUUCCAAGUCCAGGUAUGUGCUGAUUGACCAUAGAGCAACAAAAGCUUUGCAGCAAGCCAGACAGGAGCAUGUGCAGUCCAGGGAUGGUCCUCAAACCAAGUCUUCGGGCCAGUUAAACAGAAUCAACUCUACCCCUUCAUCUUCAAAACGAAAACACCUUUCAUUUAUACCCAGAGAGAGAAAACUGAGUUCUGGAUCUGUUGAAUCCUGUUAAUGUAAAAAGUUUUUUUUAUAUAAAUAUCCUUUAACCCAGACAGUUCUCCUCUUCUUAAAGCUUUUGUACAGCUACAUUUUGAUGUUGUGAAGUAGGAUGGUCCUAAAUAUAUGCAAUAUCUGUAAUGUUUAAUUUUGAGCACAACUUGUAUCCUGAUUGCAUAAGUACACAUAAAUUUUAUGUUGUUGUGGCUAUAAAGCUUCUUUUUAAAUUGUCACUGCAAUUUUAAAAAUUUUCUAUAUAGAAUAAAGCCAUUUUUAAAUGUCUUUUUGAUAGACCUUCAAAAGGUUGAAAAUUAACAGUUGAAACAACAGGGG